ACAAAAUUUUUUGGCAGCAACAAUAUAGGUCUGAAACAUGACACAAAUUUACGAUAUUUACACAUGCACAUUGAUAUAUAAUGAACAAAAACAGACAAUUCAUUUGCAUCAACCUUCAGGAAUGAGUCAAGAACAUCUUGAGGCACUUUGCAGGCACUGCAGGGUUUGUGGAUCUCUCUUUAAGAACAAGAAAGGUCCCUCAGGUCGGAGAUAUGUCUGCUCUGACAGGCACGACGACCUCCUGGAGGUGUUUGGAAUAGAUGUAACAGAUGACUCGGAUUUAAUGCACCCUAAAACAUACUGCCACCCAUGCAACAACAUAAUAUAUCACACACACAAGAAGGCCAGUGAUGGUAAACUGUACAACCCCAAAAAGGUGAUUGCUACGUGGACUGAUCACACAGAAGAUGAUUGCCCCGUGUGUACGAGCAUUAAGACUCACAGUGUUGGUGGGAGGCCGAAGAAGCAAUACAAACCUGGCAGACCGGCAAAAGGCUCAUUUCAGUCAGCCAUCCAGCACAUCAAGCUGAUAGCUCCCUCCACCUUCUGCGAACAAGACACAGUACUACCGUCGCAAGGUUGUUUUGACUGUCCUAUCUGUAAAAAGAUAGUAGACAAACCUAUAGAACUCAAGACGUGCGGUAGUCUUGUCUGUGCAGAUUGUCUGUGCCAGUGUCUACAAGAGUCUCAGACGACAUCAUGCCCUUGUUGCCAAUCAGGACAUCUUGAUGAUCUUGAAGCAAUACAACCUCCUUCCGAGAUCACUUUGAGAGCCUUGGGAAGCCUUGAGGUCACGUGCAGUGUGUGCAGGAAACACGGGUGCUUAAAACACCACAAGGCCCACCAUGACAGCAAGUGUGCAUGCACACACUUCAAACCAGCAGCCCUCAGCCCUUCAGACUUGUUAAGCAGACCUGAAGAACUGUCCUUGUCCCCAUUUGAAGAGAAACUGAAAACUGUCCUCAUCAAGCGCAGUAUGCGCAACUCCAGCAUUCUGGAGGUGAAGACAGGGGGACGGCCUCUCAAGCUGAUGCAAGUCAGCUCACCUAGCGUGUCCAGCGGCACUGCAAGCCAAACCACCCUGAGACGGCGCAGUAGUGAGCUGCAGGACAUCAGGAAGAGAGUGAGCGGUGGUGCGGAGGUACAGCAGAUGAGCAACGAGGUCAAGACUGCAGGGAAGGAAGAUCGGGAUAAGUUGAUAGAAGAGCUGAAAAAGACGGCAGGGUGCUUCCAGGUUACGUUUUCAGUCAGCCAAAGUUUAGGUAUCCAGUCUGUUCUCAUGAUUCCCAGGAACAAGCUGCGGAUCAUGAAAAGAAUGUUAGGGUCCAGUGUAAAAAUAGCGUCUGAGAAGAAGAUGCGGGCUGAAGCUAACUCUCUCAUAGGAAUAGAUAAUCUUAAGUGUCAGCUUGUUCCCUUCACAUUUCCAGUCAAGGAUGGCCGGCACACUGUGGAAAUUAAGAAUGUUCCCAUGUGUUAUACACCACAUCUCUGGGAGAAGAUCCAACACAUUCUUAAUUCCAAUGAUGACGAUGAGAGAAGAGUGCACCGGCUUACUUGGCAUGAAGGGAAGAUACCUGCUGACGAGAUCUGGGUCAAGUUGGGUGGAGAUAAGGGAGGAGGGAGUUUUAAGAUGGUAUUUCAGAUAUGUAAUGUAGAGCAUCCUAAUUCCCCUGUUAAUACCUGUGCUUUUUGUGUUUUUGAGGCUCCCGACAACGUUACCAACUUGAAGAUCGCACUACAGAGGUUCGAAGAUGAGGUGGACAGCCUACAGAGCAAGACAUGGAGAGGAAAGACAAUCCGAGUAUUCCUUAGCGGGGAUUAUGAGUUCCUGUGUAACAUAUAUGGGCUGUCAGGUGCUUCAGGUCGGCACUGUUGCUUGUGGUGCUUGACAACAUCAGAACAGCUAAGGAGCCCGCCCACUACUGUUCAAAGCAGAAGCACUGCCAGUAUGGUCACAGACCACCACAGCUUCAUUGCAGCCGGAGGGAUCCUAAAGAACGUCAAAAGCUUCAACAAUUGUGUUCGGGAACCUUUUUUCAAAUGCAUCCCUUUGAAUCAAGUUUGCCCUCCAGGACUGCACAUCAGUUUAGGGAUUUUUUACCGGCUCUUCCAAUUGAUGGAGGAUGAAUGUCAUGUGCUUGACAAUGCAGUCUCAUGGUUUGAAGAUAGUCGCGAGAGGGGUGGCCCUUCAUACUCAAACUUCAUGAGUGACUCUGUGAGAGAGAGAGCCCUCAAGGAUGAGCUAGACAGGGUAAACGAAGAAGUGGCUCAACUCAAUGACCUGGUGGCCUUGCUCUGUGUGUUUGGUGAAGGUGAGGAGGAAGACGAUCCUCGACUCACAGCACUCCGCUCAGAAUUUGAGGAGAAAGCUUCGCACGCGAAGAAGCUUGAUGCUGAGUGGACUAAGAUUAACGAGAAAACAGCAAAAGGGUACAAGAGAGAGGACGGACCUUUUGUUAAGGCUCUAGAUGCUGCUCUAGAAGACUUCAAUGUUCGGAGACAAACGUACUAUGGUGGCACGUUUGUGGGAAAUCACGUAAACCGGACCCUCCAGGUGAGGAACAUUGAGAAACUCUGCAAUGCCGUUGUACUCAGAGCAAGCAGUUAUGAGCCGUCCAUAGUUACGAGUGCUGAGAAGAUCCAGCGGAAGUUUUGUGUCACCCUAACUCUAUUCAGCAAGUGUCACAAUAUAUAUAAUCAAAAUAUGAUCACACAGGAGGAAAUUGCUUCCCUAGGUACUCACAUCUCCACCUUUAUGACAUUUUAUCGGGAGCAAUUUCCUCAAGCAACCGUCAUACCAAAGAUGCACAUGCUAGAGAAGCAUGUGGUUGAUUGGCUGGACCAGUGGCAGGUGGGAAUAGGACUCAUGGGAGAGCAAGGGGCUGAGGCGAUCCACGCCUAUUUUAACAAUUUAAAAGUUACAUAUCGCAACAUUCCAAAUGGUGUGGAGAGGCUCCGAUGUAUGAUGAAACAGCACUAUGUUUACAUAGCACCAUCCACCAUUGCAUGCAGACCUCCACCUGUAAAGAGGCAAAAGAAGAACGAUAACUGA